CAUAACCUAGUUCCAUGCACGCGUUCACGUGUAUUUUCAAUUCCAGCCUGACAGAAGGAGGAAUACAUCUACGUGCAACGAACCAUGUCAGUGAUAAAGUGACAAUAACCAUCGUUUAAAUAGACGAAAAACGGAAAAAUGUCGCGGAUCGCCGAUACCAGAGAAGUGAUAUUAACCAGCGACAGUGUCGGUGAGCACUGGAGUGCCGCCCUAUGGGAUCCUCAAACAGGCUCUAUUUUGUCAACGUACAAACAAGCUGGUGCAUUAACACACCGUACAUUGCAACUACUGAGCGACAGUUACUUGAUCGGCGCCGAUUUAACGAAGCCUCGUAUACACAUAUGGCCGUUGAACAAUCCAACUCCAGUAUCCACUCUGAGGCUAACCACCCCCGGCAAGGUGACUGCCCUGGCUUGUACGCCUAGCGGUGCCUACAUGGUCGCAGCGAUAGCCGAGAAAUUAUUUCUCUGGCAGGUGUGCAACGGUCGUCUGUUAGCAAACUUGUCGCAGCAUUACCAAACGGUCAACUGUUUGUCGUUCAGCACGGACGGUUCGAUCUUCGCCAGCGGCGGGGAGGACGGUUUGGUGUUCGUGUGGUCGUUGUACCGUGUGAUAAACGACGAACGAUCUGUUCCGUUGCACGGUUUCUCUCACCAUUCGCUGCCGGUGAAGGAUCUCCAGUUUGGACACUUGGGCGCCAGAGGCAGAUUAUGCUCUGUGUCCCUCGAUCGUACAUGCAAUAUAUACGACCCGUCCGGGGGCUUGUUAUUGCUGACCCUUGUGUUUGACGUGCCUCUAACUUCGGUGUGCAUGAAUGCACGGGAAAGUGACCUGUUCGUCGGGUGCACGGACGGGAACAUAUACAGAUUCAAUCUGCACGAGCCGCCUAGGGGUAUAGAGCAUCACGUGCAAGUACGAAAGGACGGGGAAUCCGAAGGAUUGAUCGCGUUUCAGGGUCACAAGUCGACGAUUGUGUCUCUGUCGAUAUCGAUCGACGGCCGUUACUUGCUCUCCGGUUCUAACACCGGCGAGGUUCACAUCUGGGAUAUCGCGAGCCGUCAAGUUCUACGAACGCUCGAUCACAAGGGUCCGAUCACCGCGGCGUUCUUCGCGAAAUACCACGGGAACUUUCGGGCCACGGACCUCGAGCCACGCUUGCGUGUAUCGAACCUACAGAGGACAUCGGACGACUUCGACGGAAAGCAGACCGCCAUCGAGGUGAUCUCACGGGACCGAAAUGCCGCGGACAUUCUGAACUACGAAUCGUACGUGGAGAAUGGGAUCGAUUCGGACGGUGCGGCGGAUUCCCACACGCGGAAGCUGCUCGAGAUGCUGGGGGAGAUCGAGAGACUGAAGAAAAUCAACUCGGACAUUUAUCAGUACAGCGUGAAACAAGUUCUGGAGAAGGACGAUAAAACUUGAGAAACGGGAAACACUAGGGACAGAAAUGAUUUGCGGAUAGUCCUUAAGUUAAUACGAUUUUUCACGAUAACUGACUUGAAUAAACACAAUACCUGUUAUCCCUUACGAUGUAGAUGAAAAAAGUACCUGCCCUCUCAACCUUUCAUGCUUGUUAUCUACUAUUUUGUAUGUAAAGUAUUUGUACAUGAAUUUUGUAUUACGAAAAGUAUAACGACAUUUCUUCGAUA